UUCAGGCCGGCCAGUCGCAUCGGGCGAUCGCUCAAGCUCUCUGGAUUUAUCUCCCACCAAAGCGGUUCUAAUUUUGGAUUUAACUAAACUUAAAAUAAGUUCACAGAGUGCUCAAUUAAAUAAAUAAAUCAAAAUGCGUUCUUGCGGGCCGAGCUUAAUUAAAUAUGUCCUAUUUGCCUUUAAUGUUCUAUUUGCGAUCUCCGGCCUGGGAAUCCUCAUCGCGGGUGCCGUGGUUCUGGCCGAUGUGAAUGAGUUCAAUCACUUUGUGGAGGGCCGAGUCCUAGCUCCCCCAAUUGUCCUUAUAGUCACGGGUCUGAUCAUAUUCCUGAUCGCUUCGCUGGGAUGUUUUGGAGCCAUCAAGGAGUCACCAACGCUGCUGAUAACCUUCGCUGUCCUGCUGGCAGUCAUCUUCAUUGUGGAACUGGCUGUGGGCAUUGCGGCCAGUGUUUUCAAGAAGGAUCUGGAGUCGAUGGUGAAGAACUCGCUGCAGGAGUCGAUCAAGCGAUCGAACAAUGAAGACACCAUGGCCUGGGAUAACAUCCAGCAGAAGUUGAUGUGCUGCGGAGUUGAUUCUCCGGCGGAUUGGAGGACACUGAGUGCGAAUAAAACACUGCCGGGCAGCUGUUGUCAGCCGCAGUACAUCGAUACCACCGUGGGACAUUGUCUGGAGUCACCGGCUCUGGGCAGGGACAAGUUCUUCCAGGAUGGCUGCGUUGGCAAGCUGAAGACCCGCAUCGAGAAGAACGCUACUAUCCUGAUCGGUGUGGGCAUCGGCAUUGCCUUCAUCCAGAUUCUGGGCAUCAUACUGGCCUGCUAUCUGGCCAACUCCAUUCGACGGGAGAGGGCCAAGUAAGCUCCAUCAUAUCUAUUGCUGUUUAAAUUUAUGUAGUUGAAAUUGUUUUACCGUUUAAUAACCUGCUCAAUCUUCAUUACUCCAAAAGAAAAACGAAAUGUAAACGAAAAAACGCAACAAUUCUUAAUCGAAUGACUCAUUAUUACCUAUGUUCCAUUUAAACAAAAUUCUAUAAAAAAGGUUUCUGUAAUCCCAGUAAACAGUAUGUCUAUCAUCUACUUAUUAGUAGAUCCUCUAUCCUCCUUCUCAUUUCCAUUAUUUUCUCUUUUCAUCUAUUUCUUAAAAAUAACUCUCAUAUACUAACUAUAUUUCUAAAAUAUUUUCUAUUACGAACGUAUACAUGAGAAAUUGUUGCUGUGUGUUAACGAAUGAUUAUAAUCCAUUUGAGGUCACCAUUUCCUGGUAUUGCUAAAUAAAUAUA